GCACCAUCACCUGGCCUCCACUUUCCUUCUCUAAGCCUUUGCCCGACGGCAUUUCCCCAGCUUCACUGUGCGAGUCUCCCUCCGUUACCACCCGCCGUCCAUCAUCGCCAGAUUAACAUCGCUGUCCUCUUGACGAUCCCACCUGCAUUUUGCCCUCUCGCCCAUAACCGCUCGUAUUCAGGCAUCCGCUUCAUUUGCUCCCAGCUAGCCAUGGAUGAGAAGCGCUCUGCUGUCCGCGACAUGCCCAACAUUCAUAUCCCCAGCCGCCUCCGCCGAACCCGGAUCCUCGUCAUCGCCCUCGCGCUCAUCUCCGUCGUAUACUUUUCGUUUCAUAAUGGCUCGGGUCUCUUGUCGGGCUGCUAUCACGGCCUGAGCGAUAACAAGCUAGCUACCGCUGGGGCCACUACCAAACCCGGCUAUCUGGUACCCUUAGAAGCGCACAUUAUCAGCAAAUGCCCUGAUACUAGAGAUGCCAUGCGCCAGCUUGUCCUCCCUGUUAUGCAGAAGAUCCACGACAAGGUCAACUUUACGCUUUCGUACAUUGGCUCACCUGCCCCUGAUGAUGGAAUCAACUGCAAGCAUGGGCCCUCGGAGUGCAUGGGCAAUAUUAUCGAGCUGUGCGCUCGCGAGCUUUACCCCGAUCCCAAAACCAACCUUGGCUUCGUUAUGUGCCUUACGAAGGAAUACCAGAGCAUCCCAGACCGCACUCUGGUCGAGGACUGCGCUCUCGAGCAUGCCAUAGACAUUCAAAAGCUCAACGAGUGUGCUACUCGUGAUGACGGCGCUCAUGGCCUGGGCCUGCUACGCGCCAGCGUACAACGCACAUCGGACGCAAAUGUCACUCUUAGCUGCACCGUCCGACUCGACAACGAAAUAUACUGCAUCCGCGAUGGCGGGGAGUGGGUUGACUGCCCCCAUGGUGCUGGCGUCAACGAUCUCGUCAUUGCUAUUGAGAAGCUUUACCAUCGCCACUCUUAAGCGGCGCAUACACCUCGUUCCAUAACUCGCUCGCCUCGCCCAGCGUGUAGCUCAUAGCCACCGAGUCCAUACCAGCCUCGCCAUCUCCCGCCAUAGCCUUGAGAGUCUCCAUGAUGCUUUCCAGUCCCACGGCCUUGCCCGUGGCCUGGGUUGCGCCGGCCUCGAGCUGCACGUGCACAAUGUGGAUGUGGAAGUGAUAGUAUGUCGGCUGGUAGUGGACGUAAAGCUUCAGCUGGUCCGCCUCGAUGGUCGGGUACGUGGCCACUGUGGCAGCCAGCAGCUUCGCCUUCAUGUGCUCGAGCCACGCAAUGUGCUUCUUCUUGAGAUCGCGCAGCGACCAGAUAUCACGCCUCUCCACAAUCGCCAGCAGAUGCAAGGCAUCCAAUGUCUUGCGGUCCCAGUUCAGAUCCGGCAGCAUCAAGAAGCCCUCGUCGCCGGCCUCACCUAGCUUCGUUCUGUAUAUAACGUCUUCUACCUCCUUCUUGCCUUCAAUAAUGUUAAAUACCCAGUUUAAACGUCCUUCUUCUCUCUUCUUUAGCAUGUAUGGUCGAACACGGUCCUUGUAAAUCUCGGCCGUUUCCGUAACAAACCGCACGCCCUGCUUGCUGUACUUUUUAAUGUGUGUCUCCGUGCAAGGAUAUAUCAAAUUAAUCUUCAAGUCGGGGUAGAACUCGCCCUCGGUAGCCAUCGUUUUCGCAUCGCCGUUGAGCGCCAUGUGCCAGCUGUAAAUGUCGUUUGCUCCGAGGUUCUUGACGCGCGCCAGCGUCGAAGGCAGCGUCGCAAAGUAGGCUUGUUCUUCGGGGAAUGUGGCUCUCUCUACCACCAAAAGCGCAGGCUUAUCAUCUAUCGUUCCGUACAUGGAUGUGCGUCGUCCAGCUUGAU